AGGCGGCGGGCGGGUGGCCGGGCAGCCCGCCUCGCCGUCCGCUUUGCGCCGCCGGCCCACGCCGCAGUGUGUUUUGUGGACGGCGCCUUCCCAGUCAGCCCGGUAGAGCCCAGCUCAGCGCCCGGCAGCCUUCGACGCGAUGUUCCGCCAGAGCUUGAACCGUUUUUGUGCUGGAGAAGAGAAACGAGUUGGUACACGCACAGUGUUUGUUGGCAACCAUCCAGUUUCAGAAACAGAAGCUUACAUUGCACAAAGAUUUUGUGAUAAUAGAAUAGUCUCAUCUAAGUAUACACUUUGGAAUUUUCUUCCAAAGAAUCUGUUUGAACAGUUUAGAAGAAUUGCAAAUUUUUAUUUUCUCAUCAUUUUCCUCGUACAGGUCACAGUAGACACACCAACUAGCCCAGUUACCAGUGGACUUCCACUUUUCUUUGUUAUAACUGUUACAGCCAUCAAGCAGGGAUAUGAGGAUUGGCUGAGACACAGAGCUGACAAUGAAGUCAACAAAAGCACUGUUUACAUUAUUGAAAAUGCAAAACGAGUGAGAAAAGAAAGUGAAAAAAUCAGGGUUGGUGAUGUAGUAGAAGUACAGGCAGAUGAAACCUUUCCCUGUGAUCUUAUUCUUCUAUCAUCCUGCACCAAUGACGGAAUGUGUUAUGUCACUACAGCCAGUCUUGAUGGGGAAUCCAAUUGCAAGACACAUUAUGCAGUACGUGAUACCAUUGCACUGUGUACAGCCGAAUCCAUUGAUACCCUUCGAGCAGCAAUUGAAUGUGAACAGCCUCAACCUGACCUCUACAAAUUUGUUGGGCGAAUCAAUAUUUAUAGUAAUAGUCUAGAGGCUGUUGCCAGGUCUUUGGGACCUGAAAAUCUCUUGCUGAAAGGAGCUACGCUAAAAAAUACCAAGAAGAUAUAUGGAGUUGCUGUUUACACUGGAAUGGAAACCAAAAUGGCUUUGAACUAUCAAGGGAAAUCUCAGAAACGUUCUGCUGUCGAAAAAUCUAUUAAUGCCUUCCUGAUUGUAUAUUUAUUUAUUUUACUGACCAAAGCUGCAGUGUGCACUACUUUAAAGUAUGUUUGGCAAAGUACCCCAUACAACGAUGAACCUUGGUAUAACCAAAAGACUCAGAAAGAGCGGGAGACUUUAAAGGUUUUGAAAAUGUUCACCGACUUCCUAUCAUUUAUGGUUCUCUUCAACUUUAUCAUUCCUGUCUCCAUGUAUGUCACAGUAGAAAUGCAGAAAUUCUUGGGCUCCUUUUUCAUCUCAUGGGAUAAGGACUUUUAUGAUGAAGAAAUUAAUGAAGGAGCUUUGGUUAACACAUCAGACCUUAAUGAAGAACUUGGUCAGGUGGAUUAUGUAUUUACAGAUAAGACUGGAACACUCACUGAAAACAGCAUGGAAUUCAUUGAAUGCUGCAUAGAUGGGCACAAGUAUAAAAAUGUAACUCAGGAGGUUGAUGGAUUAUCUCAAACUGACGGGCCUUUAACAUAUUUUGACAAAGCAGAUAAGAAUCGAGAAGAGCUCUUUCUGCGUGCCUUGUGUUUAUGUCACACUGUAGAAAUUAAAACAAAUGAUACUGUUGAUGGAGCUACAGAAUCAGCUGAAUUAACCUAUAUUUCCUCUUCACCAGAUGAAAUAGCUUUAGUGAAAGGAGCUAAAAAGUACGGGUUCACGUUUUUAGGAAAUCGGAAUGGACAUAUGAGAGUAGAGAACCAAAGAAAAGAAAUAGAACAGUAUGAACUUCUUCACACCUUAAACUUUGAUCCCAUCCGCCGACGUAUGAGUGUAAUUGUGAAGAGUCAAGAAGGAGACAUACUUCUCUUUUGUAAAGGAGCAGACUCAGCUGUUUUUCCCAGGGUACAAAAUCAUGAAAUUGAGUUAACUAAAGUUCAUGUGGAACGUAAUGCAAUGGAUGGGUAUCGGACACUGUGUGUAGCCUUCAAAAAUAUUGCUCCAGAUGAUUAUGAAAGAAUUAACCGACAGCUCAUAGAGGCAAAAAUGGCUUUACAAGACAGAGAAGAAAAAAUGGAAAAAGUUUUUGAUGAUAUUGAGACAAACAUGAAUUUAAUUGGAGCCACUGCAGUGGAAGACAAGCUACAAGAUCAAGCUGCAGAGACCAUUGAAGCUCUGCAUGCAGCAGGCCUGAAAGUCUGGGUGCUUACUGGGGACAAAAUGGAGACAGCCAAAUCCACAUGCUAUGCCUGCCGCCUUUUCCAAACCAACACCGAGCUCUUGGAACUCACCACAAAAACCAUUGAAGAAAGUGAAAGGAAAGAAGACAGGUUACAUGAAUUGUUGAUAGAAUAUCGUAAGAAGUUGCUGCAUGAAUUUCCUAAAAGCACUAGAAGCCUUAAGAAAGCAUGGACAGAACAUCAAGAAUAUGGAUUAAUCAUUGAUGGUUCUACAUUGUCACUCAUACUAAAUACUAGUCAAGACUCUAGUUCAAACAAUUACAAAGACAUUUUUCUACAGAUUUGUAUGAAGUGUACUGCAGUGCUCUGCUGCCGGAUGGCACCAUUACAGAAAGCUCAG